AAGGUAAAUAAACAAUACAUUAUCAGUGCAUUGCUUGAUUUGAUUGAUCUCAUCGCUCAAAUAUCAUUGAAGAAAAUUAAUCUUUGAAAUGGCUGAUCGACUGUCAGGACCUAAUAUUGAAGAGGAGUAUUUGUGGAGCUGUACUCUGACUGGAGCAGCUGGUGAGUAUACCUGGAACCCCGAGGAUCCAGCAGAUAAUUCCGAAGAUCCAGAAGAUGAAGAGUUUGAUCCUUCUUGUAAACCUAAUCACAGGCUCUUGGUUAAGACUAUUCUACUGGAUGAAACCGCUAAAAAAGAUGAGGUUACUGUAGUCCAGAUUGAAACUACUGGGUACAAGGAUCAAAAGGUGAUCACCCCCUUUGCAAAAAUGAAAAGUGGAGUUGACCUGCAGCGGUAUCUAGAUAUUCUGGUCCCAGAUGCAGCUAAAUUCAAGAUUAUCAGCGGCACAGGGCCGGUCACCCUGGUGGGCUCACACUGCGUGGACUUUUAUGAUUACAGGUUAUAAUUUACUUUUUGCUAAGGUUUUGCUUUCAGAAAUGUUACUGCAUAAACGUAUACCACUCCAUUGAGCGAGUGGCUUAUUUGAUCCACAGCGGUACCCUUAAUAGCUUUGUCCUGUCAAUGAAAUGUCCCCCUUCUUUGAAACAUCCCAACCUCGUUUAUUAUGUACUUGCGUUUCUUCAAUUGAAUCUGGUCCGCAUAUCUUUUGGUACUUACCAUAUUUCGGAAGGGGGGGCGGGGUCGAAUUGACCCCCCCCCCCAUUUUUUUAUAUUGCUUUUCGAACUUCAAGGGUUAUAGAGCUUGAAUUUUUAAAUAAAUAUUUUUAAUCGUAGAAAAGAGAAGAUGACUGAUUGAUGGUCCAUGCAUUUACUUCCUUAAAUUUGCACCACUGAAAGUCGCUAGCUUUUUUGAAAGUUGAUUCUAUGAUUAUAACAAUAAUAAACAUUUUAUGUUUUUGGAAAGCUGCUUGGACGGCUCUAUUAACCAAUUGUUGGACAGUUUUUAAACAUUUUUCAUGCAGCUGUGCAAUUUUUAUGAAGCAUAUGUUUAAAUACCAGUUUUUCCAUUGACAAAUCAUAAGUCAGAAAGAAAGUAAGCAAUUAGCUUGUGCAAACUUUUGCAAGCUUAUUGCAUAAUUUUCUAAAACUUUGCAAAAAAUAUUCACUUGAAAGUCAGGUCAGAUGUUUUCCAAAAAUGUGUUUUAUGCCGUGUUUAUGCGAUUUUCAAAAAUUUGCAAUUUCUUCUUUUUUGUAAUGUCAUGCAAAAAAUGUAAUUUUCAGAUAAAUGCAUGUUUUAGCUGUAAAUGCAAACCUGAAUUGGCCUACUCAAAAGCUUUCU